CUUGACAUUACGAGGUUUGUGUUGAGAAAUAUCUGUGUGUAGAUUUCAUGGCCUGAAUAUCAAAAUAUUGUUAAAUGGCUGAUGUUGAAGAAAUAAUUUCAUCAGAACUAGCACAUGUUCAACAGAAGGCUCCAAAUAUUGAAGGAGUAACUUUGGAAGCAGCUGUACGAAACAUUGUUAGAGCAACUAUCAGAUUAACAGGUCUUAGAACAAUUACAACAUGUAUGCAGUUCCCAGCACAAUACCCACAGGAACCUAUAGUUAUAGAAUUAAAGAGUAAAACAUUGCCUGAAAAAGUCUGUGAUAAAAUAACAAAAAUUUGUGAAGAGGAAGCGAAAAAAUGGCUCGGUCAAAAACAGGUGAUGUUAAUGAUCAACUUUGUAAAGGAAUUUUUAAUAGAAAACCCGUUAUGUGUUUGUAGUGAGGAACUGUUAUCUGUGAAAAAGAAAUUACUAACAUCAGACGACACUGUCAUAUUAAAACAAGCAACAUCAAAAGUUGUCUAUAGGAUAACACAAGAACAAUAUUUCAUGCAAUUUGUUUUAGUAGUGCCUGAAGAAUAUCCUCUUAAACAAGUCAAAGUUGAAUUAGAAGAGCAUAAUUUUCCAGAAAUAUUAAAAGUCAAUUUUAUAUCACAAGCAAUAGAAAUAGCCAGAAAAUGUGUGCAACCUCCAAUAAAGAAAAAACCUAAGGAUCCUCCAUUUGAACCACAGCCGUCAGUUUUACCAGUUGUUAAAUUCUUAGUAGAAUCAAUAAAGAAAUUUCCUGUGAUGUGCUGCCCUCUAUGUAAAGAAAGAGUUUUUCCACAAAAUCCAUCGGAACCAGUAACAGAUAAAAGAAAAAGAAUGGAAAAGUUGUAUUGUGGUCAUUUAUUCCACUUUGGUUGCUUGUACAAAUAUGUAAAAACACCACCUUUCACUGGUAAAAUAUGUCCAGAUUGUGGUAAUGCUAUAUAUCAUGAUAAGUUUAAACUCUCACCUCAACUGAUGGAAGCCAGAUGGGCACAUAAACAGGCUAGACAGAGAGAAUUGGACGAAGUUGUAGACUUUUUAGAAUGAUACACAUUAGGUUUUAAUUUUAAAUUAAUUACUUUUAUUGAUAUGAUACGAUGAAAUCCAUUUCAUCUGCUUCUUUUCAGGGUAUAUGAGAUGAAAUUUAAUAUGACAAGUUUUUUGAACUAAAAAAUUUAUGUUUGUUAAUAUGGAUUUCAUUGUAUGUUCAUUUCUGUGAUCAGUAAAAAAAAAUGCCAAAGAAAUGAAAAUAGAGAAUCUAUAGCAACUAUAGGUCAUCAUACAGCCUUCAACAAUGAGAAAAACCUAUACCACACAGUAUAAGCUAUAAAAGGCCCCAAAAUGACAAAUAUAAAACAAUUCAAACAAGAAAACUAACAGCCUGAUUUAUGUACAAAACAAUAAAUGAAAAUCAGAUAACAACAAACAAGAACUACCGACUUACAGGCUCCUGACUUCAUAUAUCGUUGAUCAUCUUGAUUUUAUGGGUUCUUGAGCAUUCAGACCGUCAUUUGUAGUUUUCCCGAGUAAACCCAUUGUUUAAAAAAAAUUGUACCAUGAAGUUUAUAAGAUAUACAAAGAAACAUAACUUAUCUAAUCACUGUAGUUUAAUGAAAUAGAAAGUAAAAAAUUACAAUAUUUGUUUGUUACAAGUUAUACCUCAAUCGUAUUUCUGACAAUGUCUAGUGUAUUGAAUAUGCAAAUAUGCAACAUAUUCAGAGCUCUCUAUUUUGUCCUUAGCCAAUGAUUUGUUUAUAUGUUGGAAUCUCAAGGUCAUAUAGUUUUCAUGCAAUAUUGUUAAUCAAGAAUUGUUUACUAUUUAUAUAUGGAAAUUCUUGUAUGUAUUUUUUAUACUUAAAAGAUAACUAAUUCCUAUUGCUAUGAAAAUCAAAGACUUUUAUGAUAUAAGUCUUCUAAAAAAGAUAAAUUUAUAUUUUAAAUCAUGUCUAACAAAUUUUGCUUUGGACUCCAAAAUUCUUUCAUUUGUCGCAACACUGGAAAAACUGACAAAAAAGCUUCAUUUUGAGAUCUUGUCAUUUAUAUUUAGAUACGAGCCAAGGGUUACCCAAAUAGGUAUUUUGUUACAAGAUGUCUAAUUCAUGAAUGUUAAAAAAGGUUUAUAUAUCUUUUUAAUAAAUUUUUCCAAAAACUAUGACAGUAAAAUGGUCAUUUUAGGUAAAAUAUUUAAACAUGUUUCUAACAACACAAUGACAUCAUGACUGACAUUUCUGUACUCAAAUGUUCACAUUAUAUCAUUAUAAAAGAAAAAUUAUCAAUAUUGAAAGAAUUGAAGAAAUUCACAAUUUUUGCUGUUUGAAGGGCCAGAUAAUCACUCUAUUCAUACCUCCUGUGUCCUUUAUAAAUCACACAAUUUCAGGGACUUUGAAAAUUAAUAGUUAUAUAAUUUAACUCAGACAUGUGCAGAAAAAGCGGUAUAUAUUUACUAUUUAUCUAUAGUUUUCAAAUGCCAUUUUAUAACUCUUACAAGAUUGAAAUUAAGAGAGAGAAAAGAUUGAAAUUAAGAAAGAGAACUAGUUUUACUUGUAGCAGAGAACUAGAUUUGACAAUGAAACAUCUUGAUAUAUGAAUAAAAGGAAAUUAUUAGUAUAUGUUAUUUGAGAUAAAAAACAGUAUCCAACAAAGCAGUGAAAUCAAAUAAGACAUUAAGAGCUCAACUUAUUUUAGUUCAUUUUGUGCAAUGGAUUGUAAAUGAGUCCUCAAGGAUCAAUUUUGAUUAACAUGUUCUUUUUUUCAUAGUUGCUUAGCUACAUGUAUGUUCUUAUAUUUGAAGCUUUUUGAAAAAGCUAAUAUUUGUAAAGCAACUUAUGAUUAAAAAGUAAAAAGUAAAAAUGUUAGAUGUGAGUUAUAUCUGAACAUUGUAUUUGUAUAUGUCAAUUGCACUGUGUAGGUAAAUGUCAUUUAAAGAUUGUAAAAUGCUAUCAAAAAUUGCAGUUCUGUGGAUUCAUUUAUUUUCGUGGAUGUCAAUUUUUGUUGAUCGAGGAAAAAUUUUAUUUUUUGUGUUUUUUUCUUCAGAAUUCUGUAUUCAAGCCAAUAGACAAUUUACACCUUGCUGAACAUUUGAAUUUGGUGUUUCUUACACCAACAAAAGCAAGAAAAUUUGUAUCCCCAAAAAAUAAAUGAAUUCACAGUAUCCGUCAAAACUUAUGUGUUAAAUGUAGUACAUGUAGAAUCUCUAUAUAUUACAUAUGGUAUAUUUUAAUUUGUUUAUAUGAAAAAUAUUGUGAGCUUAAAAUAUGGAAGUGAGUGUUUUGCAAAAGGAAUAAAUUUGUUAUGAUUGUUUUAGUCAUUGCUUUGUUGCAUGCAUAUUAUUUUUAAGAUUAUUAUUACCUCCCUCGAUAUUUAAUUAAAGCAUUGAUUUUACCUUAUUAAACAGGACUGAUGCAACCGUGUUAAUAAUUUUUCAUUAAAAAAAAAAGAAAACCAGCAGUUUAAAGGUUUCACUGUAUUUUACUGUAUUUAUUUACAGCUGGUAAAUAUUUUCAAAAGUGACACCAAACUUAAGGAUAAGUUAUCAACAUCUCAAAUAAUGGAUAUCCAUAUCCAACCAAUGACAAUGGUUUAAUUUUAUUUUGUUAAGAAAUUAAAUUACCCACAAUCCUUCAGAUUUUGAAACAUUGCAUAAGCAUAUAAGAAAUCAGUAUAUCAACAUACAAUUAUAUUACUCAAUGUUAUUGAUCACUUGUGAGUAGUACGCUAAAUUCAAAUAUUUUUGCUAUGUUUUUAUAUUUGUGAAAAAUUGAAACGGAUCUGGUUCUGCGAAAGAAAAAAAUCACAUUUUAAAUUCUGAUUGCAUUAUUUGUAUGCAGCAAUUGCUAAUUUCUGUUUAUUGUUCAGCCAUUACAAUCAUAAAUGCAUGCAAAUUUUUAUAGAUUUUCAAUAACUCCUAUGUUACCAUUACUAAAAUAGAACUAUUUAUUUAGCUAUUUUUAGCCAUGUCCAAUCAGGUGAAAUAGAUGACGUAAUAAUCAUUGUUAUAUUUGUAAAAAUCACAAUACAUUUUACUAAGUUGAAAAUAUAUAUAUUAUUGACCUGCAAGAAAUGACAAUGAUAGAAUUACUAUGAUUUAUUAAGGGUCUUACACAGGUUGAAUUACUAGAGUUUGGUUAAAAAAGGUUUUCAGUUUAUGCUGGGUUUUUUUUUUUUGGAAAAGUUUUACUGUAUUUUCACAGUCAUUAUUUCUUUCAAUGGUCGUUUUUGUGUUCGAAAUCAAACAUGCUGAAUUGACUGUAUUCAUAGUGUUUAUCGUGAUAACCUUAAAGAAAAAAGUGUAUACCCAAAAGUUUUGAAAAAAGGACAAUAUGACUUCUUAUUUUCCUUAAGGUGGUACCCAACACCUUGACUAAAAUUAAUUUGGCUCGUUUAAUUUUCAUAAAAUUUUGACAUAAUGUUUACUUUGACCCUUUGACAAAAAUAUAAAAAUUUCAAAGAAUUUGAACCAACCACUUUAUCAGAAAAAUUUCGUUGGUUAUAUAGCAGUUUGACAAACACUAAUUUUGAUCAUUGAGAAGCGUAAUAUUUUCUUAACAAAACAACGUGAUUAAAACGUUUAGCUGAUUUUUACAGAGUUAUCUCCCUGUAGUGUUAGGUACCACCUUAAAUGUUCAAAUUUAUAGAUAGGUUGGAUAGUCCCCCAAAUUUAUCUUAUGUGUAUGGAAAUGUUUGUGUGAAAAUGGUAUGAAUUUUGAUUGAGUUGUUACAUUUGGUGACAGAUGAAUAUGAGAACAAUAGCGCAGUUAACAAAUUCAUUGCAUGUUACUAAUACAUGAUUUGAGAACCAUACUUAAUAAUGGAAGACGUGAGAUUAUUAAAUCAAUAGAAUAUC